CGAAGACGCAGACGUCUCGAAAAUGGCCGUUAAUAACGUGUGUUUGGUUGUAAUAGACGGAUGGGGAGUAUCCGACGAUGUAGAAGUCCUUACAAUGUAUGUGUAAGGGGGAGGAUGAAGAGGAUGAAAAGAAUUGGCAAAGGAUCGAGAGGGAGGUGUGAGGUGGAAUAAGGCAAAGCGGGAGAGCGAGUACUAGCUGAGGGAAUGUUGAGGGAAGAAGAAAGACCGAGCAAAGAUGUGUGAGGAAAUUAAGAAGAAGAAGAGCUGGCUGCAUGCAGUGUUCUUUUGAGAAAGAAAUGCUAUACGCAAGGCACAAACACCAUGCAUGGACAAGAUUAUGGCUCCCGGAAAGCACUGUGAGUUGGAAGCUUCUGGCUUAUUUGUGGGACUUCCGAGAGGCAAGGGGAGUAACAGCACCGUUGGCCACCUAAACAUUGGUGUCGGACGAAUAUGCUGGCAGGAUACAUUGAGGGUAAACCUUGCUGUGGAAGACAGGACACUGAGUAACAACCCUGCACUAGUCAAGACAUUUGAUGUUGCCAAGAAGCACUCAGGCAGAGUCCACUUUCUUGGACUGGUGUCAGAUGGAGGUGUUCACUCACACAUCAACCACCUACUGGUUCUAUUGGAUUCGGCAAGGCUGCAUGGCAUACGAGACUCGUUCAUUCACAUGUUUUCAGAUGGCAUUGAUAGUGCUCCGACCAGCGGAGCUGGCUUUGCGGAGGUGCUGGCUAAUCACAUAAAGGAGACCAAGUACGGGCAGCUCGCGUCUGUGACGGGCCGUUACUACGCGAUGGACAGGGACAAGCAGUGGGACAGGACGAAGAUCGCCUACGAGGCGCUGGUUGAGGGAAAAGAGAGCGAUGAGUGCUCCGUGGACCGGCUCGCCACUAUGAUGGAGCAAAAGUACAGUUUAGUGGCAGAGAAGAAGCAGCUAGAUGAAUUCAUACAACCAAUAAUGCUCACCAAGGAUGGACUCAUUAGAGAUGGCGACACGCUUGUAUUCUUUAACCACCGAGGGGAUAGGAUGGAACAGCUGGUAGAGUGCUUCGCUUACAAGGGUCCGUUCGAAUACAACUGCAAGCCGACUAACCUGAACAUCUGCACGAUGACAUCAUACAAGUCGAGCUGGCACUUCCCGGUCAUGUUUCCACCAGUAAACUACAAGAACGUGCUCGCCGAGGUCAUCUCCAACCACGGCCUUGCGCAGUUCCGCUGCGCAGAGUCUGUGAAGACUGCGAGCGUGACAACCUGGUUUAACGGCGGAGUAGAGCACGCGUUUCCGAUGGAGGACCGCUUGGUGGUACCCUCAACCAAGCUGCCGAUGGUUGGCUCGCCAACAGUGCCCUCGUAUGACCUCAAGCCCGCAAUGUCCGGCAUGGAGAUCGCAGUUGAGAUGGAAGAGGCAGUUGCUAGUGGGAAUUACUCGUUCCUCAUGUGUAACCUGUGUGCGCCGGACAUCGUGGCCCACACGGGUGCAUUCAAUGCUACAGUGGAGGCUGUGGCAGAAACCGACAAAGCGAUAGGCGUGAUCAUGCGUGCGUGCGAGAUGCAUGGCUACACGAUGAUGGUCGUCGGCACCUACGGCAACGCAGAGAGCAUGGCCCCCGGCCGACUCACGGCCGACAUAAGCCACACCUGCAACAAGGUGCCGUUUGUUAUGACGGGGACCAAUCGCACGUUCCGCACCAUCCCGAGGGAUGCCACGCAGUGCGACAUCGCCCCGACCAUUCUCAACCUGAUGGGAUUGCAGGCGCCGCUCGAGAUGGACGGGGUUAGCCUGCUGGCGCGUCUCUAGAUGACGCGAAGGCACCUCCCAGGAACGCCGCCAGACGUGGCGCGGCGAGGGUCGCACGGGAAAAAACAGAGGUUCGCAAGUGAUCUUGUUAGUCGAGCUAGCCCGGUUUACAGAUGAUUUUCUCGCGUUGACACUGAAUUGGCGACUUUAGGCAUUUCUUUGCCAUGCAUCGUCUCUAAGAACGUCAAUCACGUCAGGCAGAUAGGUCGCUUGUGAACCUCUGUUAUUUUGCUGAUUGAGUGCGACUCGUUUGGAAGGUUGGGCAUGUUUCUGCCACGUGGCACACACCUUAUGUGGUAUUGAGCUUGUCGACUAGCGAUAUUGAUGGGCUUGUGGUUGUGCGUGAACCGGUUUCGGAUCUGACAUUUCAUUUUUGUGAAAUGAAGAUUUACAAUUGUGUUACUGUCAUUGGUGCUGGUGUCAUAUAUUCCUUGAUAUAUUAGGAGCUUAAAAUAUUCGAGUGAAAUAUGGGCUUACCUAUUGGGGAUGUAUGAUAAUGCUGCUGAAUAAUAGCAUAAUGUGUAAUAGGAAUUUUGAUAUUACGGGUGAGGUAAUCAAUAUGGCUAUUAAUUAGGUGUACUGAUUGAUGUUAAAUGUUCUUGGUGGUUUGUGGAUCUAGUACUAUAGCCCUUGUUGGCUCUCCUACAGGCCUAUGUCAAAGCCAAUAAGUGUGCAUCUGCCUGUGGCAGAGUCAACGAGUGCUAUAGUACAUGAGCUAUGUGACUUAUAGAGCAGGGUAUAGUGUUUUGCUAUGCAUGGUUUGACAAACUCGGUGAAGAACAUUUAUUUUUUUCAGCCGUGAAAUAUUGGUUUCAUGAAUAUAGAAGGAAAAGGCUGAACAUAUGUUUGAAUGUGGAGAGCCACCUAUUUACUAUUUAGUAAUGAAAACUUUUCUAACACAUGAAUGAAAUUUGUGUGAGGAUAUGAGGGUUUAAAACCAGACUGCUAUUAUGGCACAGUAUUUGUGUCAAUAUGGAAUAGUAAAACCUAAGUGUGAGCUGAAGACUCAUAAAUAAAUAUAUAUAUAUAUAUAUAUCUAUAUCUAGCAUGGCCAGUUGCUUGACUUUAUAACAUUGGUUAACAGGAGUGUUAAUCUUCUAAUGCUAUUUCCAUGCACUGUUAAAUUUGAACUGUGAGCUAACGUACUCUACCUCUUAAACCUCUUACAUAUACAUACGCACAUGUAUGCACGCGCACACGCACGCAAUAGUAAAUAAAUAAAUGUGUGCGUGCGUGCGUGUGUCUAACCGGGGCAGUCUACAGUAGGGCGUACAGAAAUUCAACAGGAGGUGACCUUUAUUAGCUAUUUGAGCAUUGAGUUAUUUAUGCUAUUCUCUUCUGCUGCCGUAGUGGAACUUUCAAGUGGUAUAUAUAUGUAUAUAUAUAUAUAUAUAUAUGUAAUUUUUUUUAAAUCGGAGAGCUAAAUCAAACGGGAUAUAGUCUGCCAAUGUACCGUUUACAAUGCAUGGUUUUUCUAACGGAUUUACUUUUUUACCAAACUGAUUCAAACACCUAAAUAGUGUUAACUAAACUACCUUUCGUAUACUAAAUAUAUUCUAUCAAUAUAUAUAUAUAUAUGUAACUGUGCCUUAUAUUGCAGUCCAACAAUCAAAAUCGGCUAGGAUUACACAAGUAGAUGUUCGUAUUUUAUUGUCUGUACUUGAAUAUUUAAAAUUAUAUACCACUGCCAUUAUUUCAUAAUGACACGCUAUAAUACAUUGCAAUAUUUAGUAGAAUAUGCACGGAUUUAUAAUGGUAGAAGUAGCUAGUCGCUGACUGACCGCAUCUGCCUGCAUUUACUGUGGCACCUAUACCAUUCACAAAGGUCGUGUAAUCGUGUUUGAUUUGAAUUUUUAAUUGAUAUAUAUCGGUAUUGAAGUGGGUGUAUAGAUAUGUGUGCGUGCGUGCGUGCGUGCGUGCGUGCGUGCGUGCGUGCGUGCGUGAGGCAUGCCUCCACCUACACGUGACCGCUUAUUUUAUUAGUCGAAUAAAGUUUCGUGGACGGCAGGCAGGUGCGCACACACGCACGCAUACGCGCGCAUGAAGGCGCUAGAUUUGAUUAUUUUUUAGUAACAAAUUGGGUAUAGUGGGUAUAUACAAUUCAUGUAGCUUAUAUUACUCCAUCAUAAUACAGAUCUUACUUUGCAACCCCACA